AAAAAAAAAGGUCUCUAAAAAAGCCAAACAAGUACGAUAGAGGGAUCCACCAUUAUCAACACAAGCAAUGCCGGAACGGACUUCGGCACUCAUCGGCUGGCUUCGGAGGCCAAGGAGUUGGCACCUUGGCAAGGAAGCUUAUCUCGACAUCGAGUGCUGGAAUCUGGCGAGAUCUCCUGUUUGGGAGUUGGUAAUCGUGUGUGACUCGCUGGCCAUAUGGACGGAUUUAGCAAUUACAGGCUGACAUUGUUCCACCCAGUGCCGGUCAUGACAGUCUUGUGCUGGCACUAUGACAUUAAGAGUGCCUCUCGCUUUGUCAAACCCUUGGACAGGAGAAAGGUGACUCCCAAGGUCCUCAGCAGGAGAGCCUUGUCACCUUUUGCAAAUCUUUCUUCCAGCAAGGAACCUUGAUGAAAUAUGCAUGGCGACAAAUCCUUUCGGGCC